AUGCAAGUCACUAAUCGAACAACUCGUCGUUAUAUCACACCACCAGUGAAAAAUCAAACGGGGAAUCGUUCGAACAGCAAAAAACAUUCUAAUACUCCAACAGUAUCUCACAUUUCACCGAAGAAAAUUGUAGAUAUACCAGUACCAAAAUCAGACGAACCGUCAACAUUAAAAAAACUAGUUGAUCGUUUUCGUUAUGAAGAACCUGAAGCUCGACCAGAACGAGAUUCGAAGAGUUUUGAUUUUUGGUGGUUACAUGAUGAACUUAAAACAAAUUAUACGAAUACUGAGGAUAAUGAUGAAGUGAAAUCAAAUAUUCCAGAGUUUAUUGAAAUAUUCCCUUCGACAGAUAUUGAUCAAGAUUUAAAUAAACGAGCAUCGCUACUUCUCAACCAAACAUUUAGUGCUCAGUCAUCUGAUAUAGGCCAUGUGUCAAGUACAGGUAUUGGUUCGACUCCGUCUACAACAUUGACAGCAACAACGGCAACAAGUAUUUUUCAACCGGUUGUUUAUGAAAAACCAGCGAGACCAAUGUUUACUCGAAACCUGGAUUCUAACUUUAAUUUUGUAAAUAAUGAUGGAGACGAUGAUAUUUUAUAUCAAUGGCGUUUACGCAGACGCUUAGAACAAGCACAUAAUGACGAACCAAUCACAUUUCCAACGAGAAUUAAUAAUCGAACUAAUGUAUCUCCAGCAUGUUUAAUGUUACCUUCAGUACCCAUCGAAAUAUCUACAGUACUUCCUCGUCGUACACCUUCUCCUCCAGUUACUAAGCCGUUAUCACCUAAACGAGAAGCACAACAAUCAACAAUCACAACUAUCGAAACAGAACAUGUAAAACAACUAGUUACAACUCCAAUACCGAUUCGACAAUAUUCAGAAGCAGCUACACAAACGAUACAAGAUGCUUGUAUUCAAACAUCUUUAACAAUUGAAAAUCAUCUUUCUGCAUCAACAGGCAUUUCCAAUGAAAUAGAUCUACGUCCAACACGUGAUAAUGAUCAUCAGUCAUCUAUUUGGCAUCGUCCACCACCACGUUCAAAAUGUGAAAUAACACGAACGUCAUCACCAUCACCUGUUAAACGUCAUCAUCAUCAUCAUCAUCAUCAUCAAAAAUCGAUGAUAAAUUCUUCAAAUAUUGUUCAAUCUUCACAAGAUAGUACAUUAACACAAGUUACAUCCAUCGUGAUUCAUGAUAGUAAUAAUAAUAAUAAUAAUAAUAAUACGGCUAAUCAUGGUUCUAUUAAAAACAAUACUAGUAUUGCUACGAUGGAUGAUUUUCAUGAACAACGACAAGAUAAUGAUGACGAUGAUGAUGGCCAUAUUGAUUAUUUGAAUGAUGAAAUAUUGAAUAUAUUAAUAAGAAAACGAGACGAACUACUAGUAGCAUUUCGAGAAAUUGAACAAAACUUGGGACAAUCGAAAUUUUAA